AUGGGUCACUCAGCUAGCACCAAUCGGUGGCAGCCCCGCAUGACGGAAGGGACGUUGGAUGAAGAACCGACAGGUGCAGCAACAGCAGCACGCGGAAGCUACGCACCGGUGCCACUACAGGCACUGUCGAUGAGUCGUGAAAGGCCGGACAUGGCGUUUAUGACGAAUGACGGAGUAGUCCCCAUGUCCACUGGGCUUCCGGAACUCCACCAAACGUGCUCAUUGAAGAACCACGUGAACCUCGAGAAGAAAAGUCUGAAGCUUCGACGGUCGUCCACAAACCCGUCGCAGUACGCACUGGAAUUCCAGUUCGACGCGACUCAGCCGUGUCGGAUCCGCGUGUACGUCGUGGCAGUGGAGACCGUUGCAGCUCGUAGUGGGAAUUCCAGCAUCUCUUUGGUCCAUGCAGACAAGAUCCCAAUUCUGACGCAGCACUUUCCUCGAGGAUUGGGACAGACCUUUGUGCUCAGAGGCGAUGGAAAGGAAGAAAAGAGGAUCGAAAAGGACCUCGACGGGUUUGAGUGCCCGCCGUCGCGCUUGGAUUUCUCCGUCUACGACACCGAUGAGCUAAUCUAUCAGGCCAAUGGGACGCAAUUCCCAUUAGUUAUUGUGCUUGAAGUUGACUCGGAACGUGAAUGUCUCCAGUCUCAGUCGACGUUCUGCUCGUUUUUCCAGACAGCUGAAGACAACUGGAACGUCAGAUUGCUCAAGCAGAAAGUUCUGGUGGACGGGCUGACGUAUGAACUGCAGGAGAUCUACGGCAUCAGUGCAUCGGUAGAUACAGCGCCUCCAAUGGAGCAAAACGAUGUGGCUGAGAAUCACAAGACUACCACGAGUCACGCUGCCAGUGCUGGGACCGGUCUACCCCAAGAAGCCGAAUGCAUCAUUUGUUUGUGCGAACCGCGCACCACGACCAUUUUGCCCUGCCGCCACAUGUGUCUCUGCAGCAUGUGUGCGGAGACAAUAAGCAGGAGCUGCAGUAUGUGUCCAAUUUGUAGGACGCGAGUAGAAGCGUUGUUACAAAUGCGUGCCGAGGUAAAGGAGGCUAACGCUCAGCGUGAGUAG